UUGGCAACGUGGGACUCUGAGAAAGGACUGAACGGUAGCCUGCAAGAACGACGCCUGGGCAAUGACUUACAAGGACUGACACUCAAAGUGGUGACUGUCUUGGAAGAACCUUUUGUGAUGGUGGCGGAGAACAUACUUGGGCAACCAAAACGAUACAAAGGAUUUUCCAUUGAUGUCCUAGAUGCACUAGCCAAGAAUCUGGGCUUCAAGUAUGAGAUAUAUCAAGCUCCUGAUGGCAAAUAUGGACAGCAGCUCCAAAACAGUUCCUGGAAUGGCAUGAUUGGAGAACUCAUUAACAAGAGAGCAGACAUAGCCAUCUCAGCCAUCACUAUAACACCAGAACGAGAGAGUGUUGUGGACUUCAGCAAGCGGUACAUGGACUAUUCGGUGGGGAUCUUAAUCAAAAAGCCUGAAGAGAAAAUCAACAUCUUCUCUCUCUUUGCUCCAUUUGACUUUGCGGUGUGGGCUUGCAUUGCCGCAGCCAUCCCUAUUGUUGGUGUCUUGAUAUUUGUCCUGAACCGGAUCCAGGCAGUCAGGGCGCAGAAUGCUUCCCAGCCAAGCCCUUCUGCAUCCUCCACCCUUCACAGUGCCAUCUGGGUUGUGUACGGAGCCUUUGUCCAGCAAGGGGGUGAAUCUACUGUCAAUUCUGUGGCUAUGCGCAUUGUAAUGGGAAGCUGGUGGCUCUUCACCCUGAUCGUGUGCUCUUCCUACACAGCUAACUUAGCAGCAUUUCUCACAGUAUCAAGGAUGGAUAAUCCUAUAAGAACAUUUCAGGAUCUGUCCAAGCAAAUGGAUAUAUCUUAUGGUACAGUCAGGGAUUCAGCAGUGUACGAAUACUUUAAAGCAAAAGGGACAAACCCUUUGGAGCAGGAUAACACAUUUGCUGAACUGUGGAGGACUAUCAGUAAGAAUAAUGGGGCAGAUAAUUGUGUAUCGAACCCUUCGGAAGGCAUCAGGAAG